AUGGCAUUGGCUCUGUGUUCGGCCACUAUGGCCCAGCUGAAUCUUGGCGAGAUGGAGGACAUGUCUUCCCACAUCAGUAGUGAAUACUUGGAGAAGGAGUGUAACCGACUUCGCGCCCUGACAAGCUACCGGGAGAACCCAUCGGUGGAAGGGGCUCUCACCUCCUUCUUUCUCCAUGUUUAUCACGCAAGGGCUGAUAACAGAAAUGCUUCUAUGCUGUUCCUGCAAGAGGGCAUCUCCAUCGCUCGACUUCUCCGUCUGGAUCGGAUAGAAUCUGAACCCAACCAGCUUCCAAACGGUUGGGAUGAUGACCCAACCACUGUAGUUGCACAGAAACGUCUAGUAUACAUCCUUUUGUGGGUGAGCGAAAGGUAA